UUUGUCACAAUAUUAACCUUUUGUUGUGAUGUGUCUAUUUGCAAUGAAUUAUAUUAUAUACGAAAUUAAUUACCCCGUAAGUUUGCGGUGUUAACGUGUGAUCUAAAAGCUGUGAGGUUUUGUGUGCGAGUAUUGUGGGAGAUUUGUUAAAUAGGGAAGACGUUUAGUCGACGAAAUUUAUGGAAUGUUUUUAUGGAACAUCAUCGGCCGCCGCCGGACAGUUCAACCGUUGCUCAGCGACCGACUGCCAUUUAUUUAUCGCGUCAUUUCGUAAUUACCAGGUUUCAUAUGGGAAUCGCGAGAAAAAGGUGGUAAAUAUUGUAGACGUUUAUUAUAUCAAGAUGGCUACCGACGGCAUUUAGAUCGUUCACCGAGUGGUACGUAACUGCGCGAUUUUAUGAUUAAAUGGAAUUUCCUGUGCCCGAUUUGGCAUUUUUUGUAAAAAGUAAUCGUAGAGGAGUGGUUUGUUUUAUGUGUCAUAUUGCGAAAUAGAUGCGUUUCGUUUUUAUGAAAGGAUUUGUUUGAUGGUCGCGGGCCGGCGGUUAGCAACCGAAGCGCGCGGGCCGAACCUCAGUGAGAAUCAUGUGCGAACCUGAGGACGUAUCGCAGGCCGUGUGGUCUCGUUGGAUUUUAGAGGCCAUACGGAAGAUACGUUCUCAGAAGCAACGACCCAGCGUUGAGAGGAUUUGUCAUGCGAUUCGUCAACAUCACAAUUACCACGAAGACGUCGUCUCCGAGCAUCUCGAAGCGGCCGUCAGAGAUGGCACGGUCCUCAAGGUAUUCAAUAAAGGGCAAAGUUCCUAUAAGGAUCCCAUGGGCUUACAAAAUCGCACGCUCGUCAUCGAGAAAGGGAUGGAAAUUACCAAAGUGAUCGCGAAGGCGAUUCGCGAAUUGGGACAGCGCGAGGGAUCGACGCUCAAAUCCAUCGAGAAGUACAUAAGGCAAUCUCACACCGUCGUCGAAAAUCCCGAAACCGAUCUAAAAACCGCGUUGAGAAUGGCAGCGAAGCGCGCCGUCUCAAGAGGGUUAAUUAUUCAGGAGGGAAAGGCGUUUAAAUAUAAUCACUCGAACAGUCCCACGGUUAGAAGGAGAAUUGAUUCGUCCACCACCCCUAAAAAACAACAGCUAGAUCUGGACGAACCGCCGAGUCCCUCGGCUAAGACCACUGGUAUCCUACCGAUAUGUAUGGAGUGUUUGGGAACGGAAGCGAAAAAUAGCAAUGGUUUGUUUGAAAAAUUGAGUGCCUGUUCAGGUUGUGGGUCGUGCGUACAUGUGUCAUGUACAAAUAGCGGCCCAGAGCUUGGUUUACUUAUAGCGAAAGGAAGCAAAUGGUAUUGUGAAGAUUGUAGGACAUGUAAUUCGUGUGAAAAAGUGAACGUCUCAACCUGCCUUUUAUGUUGUUGCAAUUGCGAUCGAAUUUACCACAUGAGUUGUUUAGAACCUCCUCCGGAACGUAAACCAAAGUGUCCUUGGCGAUGUCGGCAUUGUUUAACGCAUCACGAAAGUACAAAAGCAAAAAGAACGAAGUCCGGAACUAACGUUAAAAAGAAGAUCGACAAAGUGCGGGAAAAAAUCAAAGAGAAAACCAAAAAAAACGGUCUGGAAAACGCGGAUGAUCCACCGAUCUCUACUACGCCAAUCCCUAAGGGAAGUUCGCGUAAAAACGCGGCGCCGCAAAUUAGCGAAAGUGAUAACAGCGAUCACGAGGGUACGCCAUUCCCCACCACUAGUUCUCAUCUCCACCCUUCCGACAUUCGUACCUCUCCUACCAUUGACCGCCUUGAAACCUCUGACCGCAUGUCUAAAGAGAAGCGUAAGUUCUUCAGGCUAUCGGCUUUUAAUGCCGAUAAGAAACGCGACAAAAAAGUCUCACCCGUCAGUAACGGCGACCCAAAAGGUCCGAGCGAAAAGAGGACGGUCUCCAAAAUGCAGAAGGGAUCGCAAAAAAGAGUUUGCAAAAACACGGAGAUAACCGAUAAGCUCGUUAAAAAAUCCAAAGGUGCUAAUGUAAGAAGAAGGCUAAUCCAAACCAAAGAAUUAUUGGAGUCCGAUUCUAAUUGCUCUGAAAGUACUAAAGUCAGCUCGCAUAAAAAAAGUAAUAGUGCCAGUAGUAGCGACAUUUCAAGUUCAGAUAGCGAUUCCGACUCCUCCUCAAAACCAAAAUCAGAUAUCGUUAAAUUAAAUUCAAAAUUACCAUUCGCGCCAAAAGAGCCGGAAACUUUUGGUUCAGUUGGAGGAAUUUGUAUUGACAACAAAGACGUAUGGGGGUUUGCUGCGGCUGCCGCACAAGGAACGACGCCAUUCGACGUAAGUAAAUCGGAUGAUAAGACCAAAAAUUCCGAAAAUGAGGAUGCAAGCGAAAAAGGUAGAUCUGCCGGUAUAAAUCAGCUAAAAGGAUUAUUCGACGGUCUCUCUCACCUUUUCGCAACACCAACCCUUAAUCGCUCUAGGUCUGGAAAUUCUCCAAAUUACAAUCCAACUCGGCGGAAGAAAGAGCCCGAGGUUGUUAAAAGUCAAACUGAUUUGAGUGAUACAGUUGAUGAUGCCGUGAAAAUGGAAAUGGUCAGGGACGUUAAAGUUGAAAAGACUGAUGCACCGGAAGUGAAGGAAAAAGAUAUAAAAGUUGUUAGCAGUGACGGUCUUAAGCAAACGAAAGUCGCUCACUUAUCCCACAAAUUCCCGCAUUCAGCUAAAGUCCUUACCUCCGAGAGUGUACAAAUGACACCUUCCAAUUUGGUUAAAACGGCAGUUAACUCAAAAAGGCACGAAUUAGAACGUAGGAAGUUACUUAAGAGUGAAGCUGGGUUGGAUACGGCAAGCCUCUCCAAUAAAACAUUACAUGAGGAUGUUCGUAUGAAAAAACGAAAUCUAAUUGCCGAAGCUACGCAGGCAAACCGUCAAUUCUCGUUGCUGCCACUUACCAACAAUCGCACGGGUGUUUUCAAUAUGCCGCCACUACCUCCAGGUGUGACCACCAAAGACGUAGACGUAUUUCGAGACACUCGGGAUCGCGCAAAUUCGUCUACGGCGCCGAUUACCAUCGCCUUACCCAACACCGAAAGCUCAAACGGUACGGUCUUCACCUCGCCCUCACAGGCGAUGGCGGCGCAAGCCAGAUGUCCGGCGGCGAUCGAGUUCGGCAUGUACGACAUUCAGACGUGGUACUCCAGCCCGUUUCCCCAGGAGUACGCGAGGCUACCGAAAUUAUUCCUGUGCGAAUUCUGCCUGAAAUACACGAAGAGUAAAGCGGUUCUGGAUAGGCAUCAGGAUAAGUGCACUUGGCGACAUCCGCCCGGCACCGAGAUAUACAGAUGCGGCGAACUGUCAAUGUUCGAGGUGGACGGGAACGUCAACAAAAUAUAUUGCCAGAAUCUGUGCCUGCUCGCGAAAUUAUUUUUGGAUCACAAGACUUUAUAUUAUGACGUCGAACCAUUUCUGUUUUACGUACUGACGAAGAACGACAAGAAAGGCUGUCAUUUGGUCGGAUAUUUUUCCAAAGAGAAACAUUGUUUGCAAAAGUAUAAUGUAUCCUGUAUUAUGACGAUGCCUCAGUACCAACGGCAGGGAUUUGGAAGAUUUUUGAUUGAUUUCAGUUAUUUACUGUCGAAAGAAGAGGGUCAACCAGGAACACCUGAAAAACCCCUUUCGGAUUUGGGCAAAGUUUCAUAUCACGCCUACUGGAAAUCCGUUGUGCUCGAGUACCUUUACAAACACAGCGACGAAAAGAUUUGCUUUUCGACAAUAAGCAAAGAGACCGGAAUGUACUGUCACGAUAUAGCCACUGCGUUACAUCAACUGAGUUUUAUCAAAUGUACGAAUGACGAAAACGGUGCCGCGCCCACGCUGUGCAUAGACUGGAAAGUUGUGAACACUCACGCUGAAAGGGUGGCCAGAUCAAAAACCAGAAUACCCAUCGACCACGAAUGUUUACGAUGGACCCCUCUGUUGACCACCACCAUUAAUCCAUUCCGAGAGGAGAAGUCCGAUGAAGAUAAGGAUGGACAGCCGAUGGAAUCUGCUGAUCUUAUUGUUCCCGUACCUGAAAAAAUUAUCAUUGAAACUCAGCAAGGAGUGAAAAUGAAGAAAGGGCGAAAACGAAAAACUGGAUCAGUAUUAAAAACACCAAGAACGCCCAAAACUCCAGCCGUGAAAGAUAAAGUGCCUGAUGCACAGCCCGCAGAAGUGGAAGUGGAGGUAACCUCGUCGGGCAGGCGGCGUACGCGUCCUAGCAAGUUCAAUGAGACCACGUACGCGGAUAUUAAAUAUAAAUCGCAUACACCUGCUGAAGCGCCUAAACGAAAACGUAAUGAAUUUGUUUUGAAUGAGAAAGAUGAUGACAAGGAGAAGAAGAAAAUUAAAAAUGAGCCUGUUGAAGUUCCUGUUUUGCCUGAGGUUGAUAAACCAGAAGUUCAAUCCCAUACCAUCUGUGAGGAGCAUAAGCCACCAGACGAAUCCAAAGAAACUGUCAUUGUGGAGAAGUCCCCAGAGUCAAGUAGCAUAGUUAAACGUCGCAAUCAAGCCAAGGACACAGGUGAAAGAUGGUCGCAAAGGCGCGCGAAACGCCAAGGAGAGCUUUUCAAGACCAUAAAGGCGGAAGAAACCACAACUGAAGAAAGCUUACCACCUUUGAACGCCAAAGAAGAUGACGAAGACGUGAAGCACAGCACUCCGUCUCUACUGCCUCAAUUAAAAUCUACCCCCGUAAAAUCGACGUUGAAGAAGCGCGGUCGUGGUAAAGGUCGUUUUAAGCGAGCGCUAUUAGAUAAAAAGCAACUGACUCUCCCCGAGCUGAUUAAGGAUAAAUUACAGAAAGGAAGCGAGAGCGAGUCGAUCGUUUCUGAAAAAUCUGACGAUGAGGUGGCGCAAGUUUUUGGGAAGGACGAGAGCAAAGUUAGAGAUAAAUUGGAUUUAUCGGAAAAGGUUCCCUUGCGGAAGAGGAACAGUCAAAUUGUGAACGAAGAGGAUUCAUCAGCCGAAGCGGAUGACGAAAUGGAGAAUGACGAACGUGAUGACAAGGUUUCUAAGGAAAACAAAUGUUCCUCGCCAAUUAUAAAGUAUAAGCUUGGAGGAUUGAAGGAGUCUUACAGAAAUAUCUUGGAACCCGUGCAGCAGGACGACAAGCUGUCAGUGAAGGACAGUGAAAAAUCCCCCGUCAAAGCAAUGAAUGAGGUUAUACCGGAGGAGAAAGUCACAGAAACUCGAAGUUGCUCGCCAGUUCAAGAGCCUGAGAAAUCAGUGUACGAAUUCAAGCCCUCUCCAAUUUGUUCGACCACAUCCGGAUCUGAAACCGAAAUUGACGGGCAGAAGAUUAAAAUAUUGUCCCAGAAGGAGGUGCUGGAAUUGGCCAAACAAAGCUCGGCAUUGAGCUCUCCAUUAAAACGCGAAGAAAGCAAACCUCCCGAGAAAGUGGUAAGCCCAGUUGUUGAGAAGAAAGUUGAGAAGGUUGCCGAACAGUCUGUCGUGGUUAAGACACCGGAAAAGGUUGAUAAACCACAAGAAGUGGAGAAAAUUGAUGUGGUGUGCGAUAGAGUGGUUGAAACCACCCCGCCGAAAGCUGACGUGGAACCGGUCACGGUGGUAGAGAAACCUGUGGUGGUAGAGACGCCUGUUGUUGUUGAUGUAAAAGUACCUGAUGUCAGUCCGAAAGUGGAUACUCCAUUGGAAGUACCAAUCCCUCCCACAGUAAUCGAAACCAAGCCAAUACCGCUCACACCAUCAACAGCACAUAAAGAAGUUACUAAACAUAAAAAUGAGGAGGUAAAACCGAAAGAAGAUAAGCCAAAACCACCCAAAACUGAACUCAAGGUACCUGGGGAACGGAAAAGCUCCAUCGUUGAAACCAAACCACAAACUGUGGAGAAGGAAAUAUACGCAAAACCAAAGGAAGAGCCCAAAGUUCAUCCAAAACCAGAGAUGCCAAAAAUUGAAAGUAAACACAAGGAAAAAUGUGAUAUUCCGGACAUUCGUUACCAAAAGCAGGAGGACACAAAGCCCAAAGUUACCCAUAUUGAAACGCCCGAAAGUAUAUUAGCCAAAGCCGAAUUUUCAAUGGCCAAUCCGAAUUAUCACAUGACCCAGGCCCAGUACAACCAAUGGCAGUGGGACAGAUUCGCCUGGGAAAAGAGUAUAUAUUUCGAUCCGACCAAAAGAGACUAUCAGGGAUAUCCGUUGCCCAUACACAUCCCCCCUUUGGAUGUUCUACCCAAACACCCCGAGAAGGAAAAAUCUGCCUUGAAAAUGCAUCGGCACGAGUCGAAGCACUCGCAGCAGAGCAGUUCGAAAUCCAAGGAUGUUAAAGGCAGUGAACGAGAGAGGCCCUCGCCUAAGAAGGAGGACAAGUGCGGUGUUGUGAAAUCAAGGAGCAUGCCCGAUGAACAUUCGGUUCCGGAUGCAUACUCGCAGCCUGCAGGUCUGUGUCCCAAUUCUCAAAUUCACAAUCCAAGUGUGCCCAAAUCGUGUAGUGUGCCGGUCAACAAUAACACUAGCGAUGCGAGAUAUGAUAAGGUGGUGGCGAAACCAAAACCCAGUGAACCUUUAGAGACCAAUGAUGGCGCUACAAAACUUGAUAGCUCAGACUCAUUACACCAUUCGGUGAAUGUCGUAAAGCACACCCCGCCUACUCCGUCUGCUCCUGAUAUUUCCUCAAUGGGAGUGUAUACUCCAGACUCGACGACAAAUUCGGUACACAGCCUACAUUAUGGGCAGUGCGAUUUAGAUGUCAGCCAACUAGGAUUAGAAUCGCCAACUUCCAUUUCCAGUGACAUGGCAUCCCAAAACUCAGUCGAGUCAACUCGUCCUCCCUCCGCUCUUCCUCCGCACAAUCAGCCUCAAUUGCAACCGAGUUACGAGUGUUCCGUGCAGCACAGCAUGCAGCAAAAUAUGUCGCAGCAAGUGCAGCAAAACGCCAGCGCGCCCGCGUCUAGCCCGCAACAGGCGCAGAUUCAACAACAAAUUUCGAUGCCGCCCGCCAAUCAGCAUCAGAGCAGUUCAAGUAAAAGACAAAUGCAACAGCAAAGAAAUCGCUCGAAUACUCCUUCGAGCAAACAGCACUCGAACGUUCGGUCUACGCCGCCUAGUAAUCAGCACGCGACGAUUCCGCAGCAGCGGCAGAGGGCAACGCCGCCCAGCAUACAACCGCAUCACCACAUGCAGGCGAGUCCCACACAGAAUCAACAGCAGGUGCAACACAAUGUCAUGCAGCAACAGCAGCAGCAAUUGCAAGCGCAUCUUCAGCAUCACGCGAUGCAUCAAGGCUACGGUCAUCCACAUCAGCUGGGAGCGAGUGCAAUGCAUCAACAUCCACAUCACCCCCACCAUCAUUCAGUUAUAAGCCAAGGAAACUAUAUCCCAGUGCCUCAGAUGACUGUGAGUUCUCAAGCGUUUUCCCCUCAAGCCCCCAGUACUUACGUGAGUGUACCCGCAAUGACUACAGUAAUACAACACCGAAUGAGCGCGCAACAAAGUGGUUUAAGUAGUUUAGGUUCGUCGUCUUUAAAUUCACACCAAAAAAUCGGUCCCUCGCCGGCCUGUGCAGUUACAUCCGGUGGAAAUUUCUACAUACAAUCUAACGCCCACGCGCACACCCCUGGACCAGUACCCACGCCAUCGCCGGUAUCCGCGUCCGCCCUCCAAAGCAAUACCGGUCAGAACCCAUCGGGAAAUUCGAGUUGUAGUCUAGCAAAACUGCAGCAAUUGACUAACGGCUUGGAAAUGAUACCUCCCGGCUCGUGCAACACAAUGACUCCACCUCCUACCGCGAUGACCUUGACGCCGCCGCCCACCCACCAUCCCCACGGGAACAUGACACCGCCCCCCUCGCACCAAAUGAUUCAAAAUCAAUCCGUUCGCAAUCUAACGACGCCACCUUCCGCAAUUCCCGCGAAUCUACAGCAGCAAGUGUUGGGUUACCACAAGUAUUAUCAAACGAAUAUGAACGUAAACCAGAUCGGCGGUGCAGUGACGCCCCCAAUCGGUCAAAACUUAGGACGAUCAGCCAGAAACUCCUCCAACGUCGCCGUACAACACAUGCAGCCAACCUCCAGCAGAAUGAGCCCUAAUGUCGCCUUGAAUCCAAACAUAAUGGCCCAAUACAACUCACUCAACGGAUAUCGAAUGGCCGCACAACAAACACCCAGCGCAGUCGCCGGUUACAUUACCAACACUGCGGCUGGUUUUAUUAACAAUGCUGCGCAAAUACCAAUGCAGAUGGGGGUUAUGAAUAUGGCCCAAUCACAAUAUCAGGAUCCGGCUGCCAUACAAAGGGCGGCUCAACAGAACACCAUGUAUACUACCUACGGAUAUAUCAAUGGUAGUUUAAUGCAACCAUUGAACGGAAGUAUGCGGCGUUAAUGACAACCGUGCUUUGUCUGAAGAGGCUGUGCUUGUUUUAGAAAAUGAUUUUUAAACAAAAUCAGUACAAAGAUAACCAACAGAUGUGUUAGUGUUAAAAUUACGGUAAGAACACUUCUGUAUAUAGUGCUAGAUUUGUGUUAACUUAUUUUGUGUUUAGUCACUUUGCCAGAACUCGAAUUAUGUACAGUUUGCGUACUUUGUCAAUCAAUAGAUAGUCUGUUGUUUGAACAAGCUAAGCUGUACUCAAACCGCCCCCUCCACCUUCUUACAUGGCCACAGUUGACGAUAACUUGAUACCCCACAUAAUAAAAUAUGUGAUUAUUGACACCGCUUCAUUUAUGGACUAGUAGCUUAAGAUUUGUUUUUGAAAACGUUUAGGUUUUUCCAAAUUUUGCGGACCAGUAUAAUUUAACCAGUAACUUUGUAUAUACUUAAGAGUAGUCGCUUAAUUUUUAU